CUUUUAUUUUGGUGUGGCACUAUGAAAUCAUCAAGCUGCGCUCCUGCUUCUGUUGUGAUUCGGCUGAAGAAAGAAAAUCUCCUGGUGAAGCGACUGAGAUCCACGUGACACUAUUAUAAAGAUGGCAUUUAUUAAAGAGGAGAGUGAAGACAUGAAAAUUGAAGAAGCAUACAGCGUCAAACAAGAAGAUACUGAGGAACAAACAGACCUGAUGGCGCUGAAAGUGGAGAGUCAAGAACUGAAUGAAAUGGAAGUGAAAGAUCAUUGUGAUAAUGAUAAACAUAAUUUUAAAACUGAAGAAAAAUAUAUUAAUUGCUCGCAGACAAUAAAGACACCAACUAGAAGUAAUUACACCUGCUUUCAGUGUGGAAAGAGUUUCACCCAAAAAGGACAUCUUGAAGUCCACAUGAGAAUUCACACCGGAGAGAAGCCUUACAACUGCCAACAGUGUGGAAUGAGUUUCACUGAAAAAGGAAGCCUUAAAGUCCACAUGAGAAUUCACACUGGAGAGAAGCCUUACUCCUGCCAACAGUGUGGAAUGAGUUUCAUUCGAAAAGGAAGCCUUAAUAGCCACAUGAGAAUUCACACUGGAGAGAAGCCUUACACCUGUCCUCAAUGUGGAACGAGUUUUUCACAUAAGCCAACUCUUAAUGCACACAUGAGAAGUCACACUGGAGAGAAGCCUUACACCUGCAAACUGUGUGGAAUACGUUUCAGCCGAAAAGGAAACCUUACAGUCCACAUGAGAAUUCACACUGGAGAGAGCCUCUACACCUGUCAACAUUGUGGAAAAAAUUUCUAUCGAAAAGGAAGCCUUAAUAGCCACAUGAGAAUUCACACUGGAGAAAAGCCUUACACCUGCCCUCAAUGUGGAAAGAGUUUUACACACAGACCAACCCUUAAUGUCCACAUGAAAACUCACAUUAAAAAGAAGCCUUUCGCAUGUCUUCAGUGUGAGAAGUUUUUCACAAAUCAAAGAGACCUAAAACGUCAUUUGCAAACUCAUUGUGGAAUGAAACUGUAGUGUUCCUUAGUGUGGCAAGAGGUUUACAAAAUAGAGCAGUUUCAAAUUGCACAUUCACUCUGGAGUGAAUUUUUGGUGGACUGAAAACGCAAACUUUUGAAAACGGUUUCAAAGUGCAAGUUUUUGAAAACAGUCUCCAUGUAAACAACAAAAACGUGAAACUGUGAAAACAAUGACGUUAGGCACAUGCGCAUUACAUGUUCAGUCUAUAGUGUUUAAUCGCCAUCUAAUGGCCUGCCAGCAGAAUACAGCGUUUUUAGUCAUUUUCACGGAUUCGUAUGAAUGGGGAUCGUUUUGACAAUGGUGUCGUCUGUACGCGAAAAACUUCUCCAUUUUAAGAAUAUCAUUGUCGUGUAAAUGUACCCUCACAGAUACACUUAAAAAGUCAUGCGAAUGUGAGACCCUAUGUGUGUUCUUGGUGUGGAAAGUGUUUUAAAUGACUUGACAAUAUAAAAUGGAACCAGAAAAUAUGUAUAAUUGUACAAAUUGUGUUUUAUAGAACCAUAUUUCAUAUAUUCAAUUCAGCUUAAUACAUUGUAAUCAACAUAGUUUCAGAAUUGAUGAUUGUGCAACCUCCACAAACACAAUUUACCAUGACGAUGAUAAAUUGAAAUACAAAAACACACUGAAUCACGACCGCUCCUACUGAAUACUGCACUGAGUUAAUGCAGAGCCUGGCAAAGAACUCCCUCUCAUGGCGUAAAAUGACGCAAUGUAAACACUAAAGGAAACACUAAUCACCAUAAUGGUGACUUCAAAUGAGAUUUGUUCAAUAAAACAUCAACAUUAACUAUA